AUGAGCCCUACCAAUGCACUCCCCUUCAUUAGACAAGACUAUGACACUUUGUACGCUGGAGAUGACAUACUCCAAUUUGCCGUCGACAAUGUAGGUUGGAUUUUAGUGUUCGUUGCGUGCGUGCUGGUGGUGCUACUGGGACCUGUGGAAAUGGCUAUACCUACACUGUGUCACGCGACUAGAGAUAUCGCCGUGCUCACCGAGGAGCAACAGAUUGACUGCAGGGCUAUCCUAGCACUUAUUGAGGAUAGUGUCAUACCAGCAAUCUAUCACAUGUUGUGGUGUGAUCAGGAGAACUUUUCCGAAGCAACCUUGCCCGCCUACGAGAAGGCCUACACUUGGCCACUGUCUCUUUAUAUUCCCCACAAGAUGAGGACGCGUAUGAUCACCAACAUACAUGAUGUGACUGGAGGUGCGUCAGCAGAGGAAAUAGUAACUGCCGCAACGGAUGCCUGUGGUACGAUAGCGGACUAUUUAGAGGACCAAAGAUAUCUGUUCGGUGACAAGCCUCACGCACUGGAUGCAGUGGUAUACGGGCACCUGUCUUUCAUUUUGAACUGUCCUAUGCGCAACGAGGCGCUUAAACUAGGUGUUCUGUCUCGGUCAGCCCUCACGCGAUAUCUUCGAGCAUCAUUGGUCAGUAGGUGA